AGACGAGCAGUUGACUUUGGGUCUUCAGAACAUAAAGAUGAAACUAUUUACAAUUUUGGCAGUGUUGAGUGUCGCGUCAGGCGCAUUCGCAGCAGUAGCAAAACCAACUUGUGGUGGCACCAGCUCUUCGAAGGAUACUCAAUUGUUGACACCAACAAAUCCACCACGCGAGUGUGUUUACCAUAUCAAAGCCACUAGCAGCUAUGUGUGUCAAUUACGUAUUGAUUUCGCUUGGACACUGGGACAACCUUCAGUACCAUCCGAUGAAAAUGAUCUUGCCUAUGUGGAAUGUGUUAAUGAUUACUUCCAAGUAGGUGACUUGAGAUUAUGUGGUACUGAAACCAAUAAUCACAUCUAUGUGCCAUUCAAUCGUACUGCUGGCGUGACAGUAGUAGAUUUGCAAAUUAUAUUGGCUUCACGUGUUGGUUACACUGGUUUACCAACACCCUCAUGGGACAUUUCAGUCACACAAUUGGAAUGCCCAACUGGUGCUUCAGUACGCGAUUUAGAUUUUGAUAUGCGAUCUGAUUUAGAAUUUACACCAGAAGCACGUGCCACAAUUAAGGAUGGUUUCCUUGUAGCCCCACCAGGUUGCUUGCAAUACUUCCCAUCCAAAUCGGGAGUAAUCACUUCUUUCAACUAUAACAAAGCUACAGGUAUAUACCCAGGCAAUAUGAACUAUGCUAUUUGCUUCCGUCGCGAUACUGAAACUACCUCUUUACAAUUAAGAACUUAUCACUUCCAACUUGGUUCUGAAAAUGAAUCCAAAUUAAUGUCGUUGGACAAUUAUUGCUAUCCUCAAGUUCGUUCCAGCACCAAGAGCCAAGACUAUUUGCUAGUUCCACAAGCACAAAUCGAAAAUAGCGACAUCUUCGCCACUUACUUCUGCGGUGAAAGUUUGGAUGGUGCAAUAGUACGAAGCACAAACCCAGGACCUCUAAUUAUGGUAUUCAACAGCGAUGCAGUUUACAAGAAGACAGAAGCUGGUUUCUAUUUCACCUACAAAGUUUUGUAAAGCUUUUUGAACUUUUAAUAGAAUUAAAUAUUUUUAA